AUGAGGGUAAGAUGGCGGCGGUAGGGAUGGCUGCGCUGCGGGCGCUGAAGAGGCUCUGCUGCGUCGCCGUUUUCCUCUCGCAGCUCUACGUCCUCUCCGGCCGGGGGUCGCUCAGCUUAGAGCAUUCUCCUCCACAAGUUCCACUCUCAAAGAUUGCAGGAGUCCCUACAAGCACGCAUGUUCCAGCCUCUAAAGUACCAGAGGGUACCUCAGUUCCAGCUUAUGUGACCCGAUGCCCCAGCAAUGGGAUUUGCAGCCGAUUGCCUGCAGAAUGUAUGACGUGUAAAACAAACUACUCUUGUGUCUAUGGCAAACCAGUUACCUUUGAAUGUGAAGCCAAAUCCCAGGUCCAUUGUGUUGAUCAAAACAACAACCCUCAAAAGACCUUUCUGAUCAACAUGACUUGCCAGUUUUGCUGGCAGCUACCACCCUCAAACUACCUUUGCUCCAAUCCUACAAACUGCAAGACAGUCUCAUGCCCACGAGAACGCUACAGUGCCAACUGCACCGUGAAAGACCACAUUCAUUGUCUAGGAAAUCGUACUUUUCCCAAGAUGCUUUAUUGCAACUGGACUGGAGGCUACAAAUGGUCAACAGCCUUGGCCUUAAGCAUCACGCUUGGCGGCUUUGGUGCAGACCGGUUCUACCUGGGACAGUGGCGGGAAGGUCUAGGCAAGCUCUUCAGUUUUGGCGGCCUGGGAAUCUGGACGCUGAUAGAUGUGCUACUGAUUGGAGUUGGGUACGUGGGUCCCACAGACGGUUCGCUCUACAUCUAACCAAUUGCAGCAGACGAUUCCAUCCGGUGGAUCGCCCUGAGAAAUGCACAGGUCGGACUUGAAAGAUCCAUCUGGAAGCGCUGGCACGUCUGUUUAACGUACAGUAUCUGUACUUGGCCUGCCUUUAUUUUAAGGUAAAAUAAACAAAUGACUUGUU